CAGCUGCUGCUGCCGCAACGUGCACGCUCUCGUACAGCCCCCGGGGGGCGUGCUCGUGAGUCGGACAAUUUCCGCUUCCUCGUCGCACAGAAGAGAGAACGCGGGCUCCCGGACCUGCCUGCUGCCUGGUGGCCAUUAGUCCUUUGCUGCAGAGGCAGGAACACAACCAGGAAGCCUCCCUCCUCUACGCGGUUCGCUUUUCCGCCUUCAGAAUGGAGCGAGGAGGGCUUCCGCGCGCCACGGUCGUCCCCUCGCCGUACGGCCAGCUCUCCAAACCAGUCAGCAUCUCUUCGAACCGGCCGGUCCACAUGAACCUGUUCGCCACCUGGGAAGUGGACCGCUCUUCGCCCAGCUGUGUGCCCAGACUGUUCAACUUGACUCUCAAGAAGCUGAUCAUGCUGAAGGAGCUUGACAAAGACCUCACAUCUGUGGUCAUCGCCGUAAAACUUCAGGGCUCCAAGCGGAUCCUCCGUUCCAACGAGAUCAUUCUGGCAUCAGCCGGCCUGACGGAGACCGACCUACAGCUCACCUUCUCUCUGCAGUACCCUCACUUCCUAAAGAGGGACGCCAACAAGCUGCAGAUCAUGCUGCAGCGCCGCAAACGCUACAAGAACCGGACCAUCCUCGGCUACAAGACGCUCGCUCUGGGCCUCAUCAACAUGGCUGAGGUGAUGCAGCACCCCAGCGAGGGCGCUCAGGUUUUGGGCCUACACAGCCAGCUGAAGGAUGCCUCGCUGCCUGUGGCCGAGAUGCGCGUCUACUCACUAUCAAGCCAGCCCAUAGACCACGAGGGUCCGAAAGCCAAGAUGUCAGAUCGAUCUCCAGACAUGGACAACUACUCUGAGGAAGAGGAAGAGAGCUACUCGUCUGAGCAGGAGGGCAGCGAUGACCCCGUCCACGGACAAUACCUGUAUGACGAAGAUGAGGAGGUGAGGAAGAAGAAACCAAGGCGCAAGCUGCCGUCCAACGCCGCCAUCAGCAGGCAACCUAACAUAAAGCAAAAGUUUGUGGCACUGCUCAAGAGGUUCAAAGUCCCCGAUGAGGUGGGCUUUGGUCUGGAGCACGUGUCCAGGGAGCAAAUCCAAGAGGUGGAAGAGGAUCUGGACGAGCUGUAUGACAGCCUAGGGAUGUUCAACCAGAGUGACAGUGGUCCCGACAUGGAUGAGACCGACAGCAUCCUGAGCACUCCCAAACCCAAACUCAGGCCUUUCUUUGAGGGAAUGUCCCAGUCCAGCUCACAAACGGAGAUCGGAAGUCUGAACAGCAAAGGCAGUUUGGGCCGAGACACGUUGAGUCUGCAAGGGGAGGCGCCUCCCCCAGACAAGAUGAAAACUUCCCGCAGCCGCAACCUAGAGGAAGCGCUGUCGGAGAGCGAGCCACUGGAGAUCACAGAUCAGGAGUUGCUCCCCGACUCAGGCCCCUGCAUCACGGUGUCUGUUGCCGAGAGUAUCCGUACACCCAUCAAGAGUGGCAAAAGUGACAGCCAGACAGUGUUAACGCCAAGGUUGGAUGGAGGCCACACCCCGUCAAAGCAGAAGCGCAGCAGCACCCCCAUGAAGGAACGGCAGUUGUCCAAACCUUUGAGCGAGCGCACCAAUAGCUCAGACUCUGAGAGGUCACCUGAGCUGGCACAUGGCACGCCGGUCCUAAGGAAGGCCAUGUAUGACCAGCUCAACCACAUUUUGUUGGCUGACUCCGCCCUCCCGGAGAGCCUCAUCCUGGUCAACGGAGGCGACUGGCAGGGACAGUACGUGCUGGAGCAGCUGCAAGUGCACAAACAGCCAGUGGUGUGCACGUGCUCGCCGGCUGAAAUCCAGGCGGUCCUGUCGGCCAUUCUCAUGCGCAUCCAGAAGUUCUGCAACUGUAAUGCGUCCAUGCCCCGUGUCGUGAAGGUGACUGCGGUGGGCAGCCAGAGUUACCUGGCCGCCAUCUUGCAGUUCUUUGUCACGCAGCUAGCUAACAAGACGUCCGACUGGCUUGGCCAUAUGCGCUUUCUGGUGGUUCCUCUGGGCUCCCAUCCCUUAGCCAAGCAUCUCGGUGCCCUGGACAACCGCUACAACUCCUCCUUCCUAGACAGCGCCUGGCGAGAUGUGUUUAGCCGCUCUGAGCCUCCUCCAACAGAACAACUGGACGUGGCAGGACGAAUCACUCAGUACAUAAGCAGUGCCGUGGUCACGCACCAACUUCCCAUCGGUGAGGCUAUGCUGACGUGUAAACACAAAACGAGAGAGGAGGAGUCCUACCAGAAGUUCAUUCCUUUUAUUGGAGUUGUGAAGGUGGGCGUGAUCGAAUCUGGGCCCAUGCUGGCGGGCGAUUCAGAAGAGGGGGGUGUAGCCGUGAGCUUGGCCGUCCCCUCAACAUCCCCUCCCUCCCAUGGCUCCCCUACUGGAGUGAUCAAAGAGGUGGCCACGCCCCCUUCAUCCCCUUCUAUGGGUAGCGUCACAGUGCAAGGGAGUCCUGGCAUGUCUCACGGCGUGGACGCAAUCGGACUGCAGGUGGACUACUGGCUGGCGUCGCUGGCGGAGAAGAGGCGGGAAGGCGAGCGCCGCGACACGGCGUGCAAAAACACGCUGAAGAGCGCAUUCCGCUCGCUGCAGGUCAGUAGGCUGCCAGCCGGGGGCAGCAGCGAGCCUCAUGGUGUUCACGUCAGCACCAUGGCCAUGACGGUGGUCACAAAGGAAAAAAAUAAAAAAGUGCCGACCAUCUUCUUGGGAAAGAAGCCCAGAGAGAAGGAAGUGGAUUCUAAGAGUCAGGUGAUCGAAGGUAUAAGUCGUCUCAUCUGCUCGGCCAAGCAGCAGCAGACCAUCCUGAAAGUGUCCAUCGACGGUGUCGAGUGGAACGACAUCAAGUUCUUCCAGCUGGCUGCCCAGUGGCCCACUCACGUCAAAUACUUUCCUGUUGGACUUUUUGGCUAUACCAAACCUCCUCUCUAGGCGGAGAAGGCCUGCUUUGACGCUUGUCUGUCUUGCACACAUCAGGCAAAUCUGUUGACUUCCCAGAAACGUCACAUGACAGAACUCCCUACUUUAAAACUAAAGUACUACAUGCAGUACUUCAGUGUUACUUGGACUAUGACAACCUGAUGGUGUGGGUGCGAGUGUUACUUGCAACUGUGUUAGUUUAGCUCAUUACAUCUAUCAAAGGUUUUCAAAAUUAAUCACAAGUAACAUAUACAUUAGUUGUGUGAUAAUGUUGUUAUAGAUUUAAAAUAAUAACAUUAAAUUUGAUAUAAUGAUUGGAAAUAAUGACUAAUAAUUUAGUUUUAAAAAAGGCAUUACAUUUUAAAUAAUGACAUCCUAAAUUCCAAAUUACAUUUGAAACAAUCACAUCUUAAAGUAUUACCUUUUUCUGCAAGACGGUCAAAUGUUAAUUCUAAGACAAUAAGGAUAACUCAUGUAAAACAAAAGAAAGUGAUACUCUGACUAUUGCAGUUUUGUUUUGGUUGUUGUUUUGGUGCUGAAAGUGAUCCUAGUUUAAUCUUUCUGUCUUGAUGUUAUCUUGAAGGUCACACACUCAAAACUUUUUGUCUUUGUGACUCUUGCGUGGCGGUGUCAGCCAUCAGCUUGUAACUGUGCUCUUGUUGUCAUUGAAACGGAUGAACAUUGUGACGGACAGACAUGAAGAGAUAUUUUGCACAUGCCAUUGUCUCUUCAGCAUUUUGCCUUCUUCCUCUAACAGUAAUAAUAAUAAUAAUAAUAAUAUUGCUUGUACAUAUGUGACAUUGUUUUGACAUGUUUUGUAGUAUUGCUUUUUCAUUUUUACAUUUGUCGGUCAAACAAACGUGAGUGAAAAGUCAGUGUUUCAUUUUUGUAAAUAAAAUGAAAAAUAAUUCA